CACAAUCUUAUGGCACUAACUUCAAGCGAUUAAACUUCUCGCAAAAUUUAGCAGACUUAUUAUGCUUACAAAAAGCUUUUUUACCACUUUAUUGCUGUUUUAUAUUGACAUUAUCGUGAUUUUGCGUGAUAUAAUCAUGUUAUGCAUUAUACAAAAGCGUAUAAUACAAAAAAGUUACUGCUUAACACGACAGUUCACUUCAAAGAUUAUUUGUUGUCAAUUAAAUCAACCUGAAAAACAUAUAUUACAAUCUGAUACCAAUUUUACGUCUAUACAAAGAGAUCCUACAUUUUUAAAAAUUGCAAUAAUUGGUGCACCAAAUGCUGGGAAAAGCACUCUUAUUAAUAAUCUUAUAAAUAGAUCUAUAUGUCCUACUUCAUCAAAGGUUCAUACAACUCAAGUAAAAUGCGAUGCAGUAUAUUCAUCAGAAAAUACUCAACUUGUUUUUAUUGAUACUCCUGGUCUUAUAACACAAAAGGAACAAAAAAAGUAUAAAUUAAGUAGUAGCUAUGAGAAAGAUCCAAAGAUUUCUACUCAUGUAGCAGAUAUUGUUGGAGUUGUACAUGAUGUAUCAAAUAGAUACACCAGGAAUAAGUUACAUAAUAAUAUUCUUGAUUUAUUAAAAGCUUUAAAAUCUGAUAUACCUACAUUACUCAUUAUGAACAAAAUUGAUCAAGUAAAACAUAAAGAUAGGUUAUUAGAAAUUAUUAAAGUACUUACAAAUAAAACAAAUUGGCCACAUUUCUCUGAUGUAUUUUUAAUAUCUGCAUUAACCUCUGAUGGUAUAGAUAGUUUGAGAGAGUAUUUAAUUUCUUCUGCAAAACCUAAAGCUUGGCAGUAUAAUGAAGAUACUUAUACAGAUCAAUCUCUAGAAACAAUCAUACAACAAACAGUACGUGCAAAGUUAAUGGAUGUUCUCCCUCAGGAAAUUCCUUACAUUUCACGUUCAGUAUUAGAAUAUUUGAAAAUAUAUUCAGAAGGAGGAAUCUGUGCUUCCAUUAUAAUAGAAUUACCUAAUAAAAAAAAGAGUUCCAUUGUAAUUGGUCAACGAGCUAAACGUAUAAAAUUUAUCGUCCAAGAAUGUGAAAAAGAAUUACAAUAUGCACUUCGAGCACCUGUAAAAUUAAAAAUAUUGGUUAAAUCCAAAAAAUAAAUCUAGUUUUCUAUUA